AUGUCAACUUCUGGCGAAAUAAUAUUUGAUCGUUCAUCAGAUACACACGAUGAAAUAUGGGAUGAUACAGAAUUAAUUCGUGCUUAUGAUCGAGCUCAUCGACAAAUUCAAAAUCGUCUUCGUAAUGAUUCUAAGGCAAAAAAGGAUUUAUCGAUAAAUAAAAAUGACAACAAUUCUCGAACAAAUAACAAAACUAGAACCAAAAACGAAACCGUAACACAGUCAGCGUCAAUGAAUUUUCCAGUACCAAUGCCUGUAAAUAUGUUAACUCCACCAAAAACUGAAGACGAUGCUUUUCAUUCUAUGCUAAUGGCCUGGUACACAGCUGGUUAUCAUGCUGGUCAAUUAGCUGCUAAGAAUUGGAAGCCGACCACUUGA